GCCGCGGGGCCCGAGNGCCCCGGGGGCUCCCUCGGCGCCCGCACCGCCGUGACCCGCCCGGCGGAGGGUCCCCAGCCUGCCGGCGCCGGUCCGCCCCCGGUGCCUCCGCCCGCGGGCACCGUCGGGCUUUGCACGGCCAAAAGUUAAAAUGGGUGGUGAUGGUGUCCCAGUAGAUCAUUGGCGUAUUGGGGAGAAAUGCCUUGCUCCUUGUUUUGAAAAUGGAAAACUUCAUGAAGGAACAAUAACUUCUCUUGAAACGGACAAGAAUGGAAAAUCAUUUGCUGUUGUAUCAUUCUUGGAGUCUGAAGAAAGGAAAAUACUAAUAACAAAACUUUGUAAAGUCAAAGACAGUAGAGGACCCUGGAAAAGCUUAAUAUUUGAUGAGGGUGAUCUGGAAAAGCCAUAUUUUCCUGACAAAAAUCUUCCAUCUCCUGGAGUUGCUUUUAAAUUAUCGGACAAUGGUGAUUUUAUCCCGUAUACAAUUAACAGAUACCUGCGUGAUUAUCAAAGGGAAGGAGCCCAGUUUCUGUAUAGACACUAUGCUAAUAAAAGAGGGUGUAUUCUUGGAGAUGAUAUGGGCCUUGGAAAGACAAUACAGGUCAUUUCAUUUUUGGCUGCAGUGUUGCACAAAAAGGGAACACGUGAGGAUAUUGAAAAUAAUAUGCCGGAGUUUUUACUGCGGACAAUGAAAAAGGGCUCAGAUUGUAACCCCAGGAAGAUUUUCCUCAUAGUGGCCCCUCUUUCAGUGCUUUAUAACUGGAAGGAUGAAUUGGACACAUGGGGAUACUUUAAAGUCUCUGUCUUACAUGGCAGCAAAAAAGAUGAUGACAUGAAUCGCAUCAAGCAAGGGAAGUUUGAAGUUGCUCUCACAACUUAUGAGAUACUUCGCCUGUAUUUGGAUGAAUUUAACAGUAUAGAGUGGUCUGCUGUGAUAGUGGACGAAGCACAUAGAAUCAAGAAUCCAAAGGCUCAAAUAACUCAAACCAUGAAGUCAUUAAAAUGCAGUGUUCGCAUAGGUCUUACUGGAACCAUUCUUCAAAACAAUAUGAAGGAACUUUGGUGUGUUAUGGACUGGGCUGUACCAGGACUUCUAGGUAGCAGAGGACAUUUCAAGAAGAAAUUUUCUGAUCCAGUGGAGCAUGGCCAGAGGCACACUGCAACUAAAAGAGAGCUAGCAACAGGUCGUAAGGCCAUGGUGAAGCUAGCAAGAAUAAUGUCUGGCUGGUUUCUGAGACGUACCAAAGCGCUUAUCAGUGAUCAGUUGCCAAAAAAGGAAGACAGAAUGGUGUUUUGUUCCCUCACUGAAUUCCAGAAAGCUGUGUACCAGGCUGUGCUAGAGACAGAUGAUGUUACCUUAGUGUUGAGAGCAGGAGAGCCCUGUAGCUGCAGCAGUGGAAGGAAGAGGAAGAACUGUUGUUACAAAGUAAAUGCACAUGGUGAAACAAUUAAGUCAUUGCGCUUCAGUUACCUAAUGAUCCUACAAAAGGUUGCAAAUCAUGCUGCACUGCUGCAGACAGACAACACUAGCAAGCUGCAGGAAGCACAUAUCAAACGAGUUUGCAGCCAGGUAUUUUCCAGUUUUCCAGAUUUUGUGCAGUUAAGCAAAGAUGCAGCCUUUGAAACUAUUUCAGAUCCAAAAUACAGUGGAAAAAUGAAGGUCCUUCAACAGCUUUUAAAUCACUUCCAAAAAAAUAAGGAUAAAGUUCUUCUUUUCUCCUUUUCCACAAAGUUGCUAGAUGUGCUAGAACAGUACUGCAUGGCAUCUGGGCUAGAUUACCGAAGACUUGAUGGAAAUACAAAAUCAGAAGAUAGGAUCAGAAUUGUAAGAGAGUUCAACAGCCUUCAGGAAAUUAACUUGUGUCUUGUAUCUACAAUGGCUGGUGGACUGGGUCUUAAUUUUGUUGGUGCCAAUGUUGUUAUACUGUUUGAUCCUACAUGGAAUCCAGCAAAUGAUCUUCAAGCAAUUGACAGAGCUUAUAGAAUUGGCCAACACAGAGCUGUUAAAGUGUUUAGAUUGAUAUCCUUGGGAACUGUGGAAGAGAUUAUGUACUUGAGACAAGUUUAUAAACAGCAACUUCACUGUGCAGUGAUUGGAACUGAAAAUGCCAGGCGGUAUUUCGAGGCAGUGCAAGGAUCAAAGGAACAUCAAGGAGAGCUUUUUGGUAUUCAUAAUCUUUUCAAACUUAGGACUCAUGGGUCCUGUCUUACCAAAGACAUACUGGAGAGGGAAGGACGGGUAGAAGCAGGAGUCAUGACGGCAACUACAUGGCUAAAGGAAGAGAAUCAUUCAUGCAGCUCAGAAAAGUAUGAACAACCAGCCUGUCAAGAAGAUGGAGAGCCCCAAAGCAUUCAGGCACAAUUAAAAAAAGAAGAAAAUGAUUUUUGGGAUGAUUUGAGUGAUGAUGAUAUUCUGGAGAGUUCUGUGAAAAAAUCUGUCAGAAGAAAGCCAUGCAAUGAAAAUAGUUUAAUGGUAACAAAAGAACAGCUUUCCUUAAUGCAAUGUGGAUUCUCUAAGUUGUUGCAGAGAGAAAUUGAGACUACCAAAGAAGGGGAUCACAAUUAUGAUUCUCAUCAUUCAAGUUCUGAUGAUCACACUAUAAGAAAAAAUGUAGAUAGCAAGCAUGGUGGUUUUCAGAAAUCUCAAACCAGUGUGCCUGUUUGGGAGCAUGGGAAAGUUGUUAGGUCUCCAAAUGGAAGUGAUAAACAAGGUAUGCAUAGUACAGAGUGGCUUGGUUUAUCAGGCUCUGAGGAGGAAGAAGAAAGUAAAAAUGAGGAUCAAAGCAUUUUAAAGCAAUGUGACACAGUCAUGGAAACUGAAAGUAGUUCUGAAGCAGAUGAUGAUGUCAUCUUUCCUACCCAAGGUCAAGUUUGCCACCAACCAGUGCUUACUAAAGAAGUUGAAAUACAUAGGUCAACAUCUGAGAAUUGUGAAGAGUUAGCAAAAGAAAAAGCUGGGUGUGUAUUUAAGGAAAACAGUAGACAAUUUGGAUUCCACAGUACUGAGACUAAUUUCACCAUGUCUUUUGAAGAUGUCAAGAAUGACAUAGAUUUGAAAGGAACGAGUGACAUAAGUGAUGAGUCUGAUGAUAUUGAAGUUCCCUAUAAUUCUGAAUCAAGAAAGCUAGGAUUUCUGAGUUUUCCAAAGCGGAAGAAAUCUCUACCACAAGCAAAGAUGCCCUAUAGAAAAGGAAAGGAAAGUGGUUCUCAAAAUAUAGAUGAAUUCUCGUCCUCUGAAGAUAACUUUCCAGUUGAGAAGAUUCCUGCCAGGAAGAAAAGUUAUAGGAGAAAACAGCAGAGCAGCAGAGUUCAGUUUGGGUCUAAAAUGGUGUGUCCUAUUCAAGAUACCUCUGUUGCAGAAAUGAAGUCUAGCAAUUAUGCUAUGCAUAGAACUUGUGCAAGUAAAACUGUAUUUGAGCAUCAAGUGAAAAUAAUGGAAUCAAUGGACAAAUAUUUAGAUGGCGUUCAAGAAGUGGCAUAUAUUCAUUCAAAUCAGAAUGUGGUUGGAUCCAGCAAGGCUGAAAAUCACUUGAGCCGAUGGGCGGUGCACGAUGUAUUUGAGUUGAAGCAGUUUUCCCAGCUCCCUGCUAAUGUAGCUGUCUGUAGUGCCAAGAAAAAUUAUGAAGUUCCAGAAGACAAUACUUCAGAGAAGAAAUUUGUUAAGGAAAGGCAAGAAAUGUUGAAGAACAGUAAGCAUCAUCUGUAUGUUACACAUCCUGUGACCCAGAGAAGCAAAAAAGUACACAGAGUAGGUUCAGCCACAUUCUUGAUUGGAAGGACACCCAAAGGAAUACGCAGGAGACAAUUUGAGCAAAUGGUAUCUCACUUUAAUAUGGGAUCAGUGAAGGACCUUGCAGAACACAUUGUAAAAGCUACAUCAGAAACCAGGCAGAAAAUGUUGAAGGAAUUCUAUGUUUCCAAGCAUCCAGAGAUGGAGUCUUUCUUCUCACUUGAAAUACCAGCAGAAGCUUCACAUAACUGUGAGGAAAGUCAGCUAGGUACAACACGCUCCAGAAAAAGAAAAUCCAUUGUUAAUUUUGGAAGAUCUGAGUCUAGACCAUCAUCAGCUAAAGGACUACUUCUGAGUGGAGCUACAGAAACACAGACUCAGGAGGGCCAUAAAGGAGAAGCAGAACAGCUUCACAAGGACUCCUACUUGCAAGAUAUGUUUGUUGAUGCAAAAUAUAAACAAGCACCCGCUAUUGCUGCUCAACAUAUCCAAAAAAGAAACAGUCUGGCAUUCAAGGAUUUUAUGGCAUCUGGUUCAUUAAGCAGUAAAUCAGAAAUAAUUGAGGUGCUGCCUGUCAAAGGUUGUGAAGGACAGCAAGAUUCAGAAGAAACGCAGAUGCCAAAGCAAAGAUCCAUGUCUCAGUCAGAAAAUGGAGACAAAAAAGCUCAGAUUUGCAAAGAAAAUUCUUUUGUGGACUUACUUGGAGAUACCUCUAUUCUCAAUGAAAUCUUCAGAAAUGAUGGAAAUGGGUCUGCAGGAUCACCAAGGAGAUUCUCUUCAGGACAAGCAGAAAAAUCAAAGGGGAGACCAAAAGAUUUCUGGGAUAUGCUGAAUGAACAGAAUGAGGACAGCCUCAGAAAGCUCACAGAUAUAGCAGUCAUAGAGAAGCUUUGUGAAAGAGCCCCUCAUUCCACGGUGACAGAAGAGAGAGAAGUGUGUGAAAGUUCUCUUUGGAAAAGAAAUGAAACUUUUUUGUGGAAAAAAUACAGUGCAGAUGAUUGAGAUGAACCAUCACUGCUAAAUAUUGUAGUGUAGUAAGAUGAAAGUUUUCUAUGCAACUUGCACUAUAACUGUUUUAUUUGAACUUUGACAGCGUUUUGCCACAAAAUAUGGUAAUUCCAUGAAAUUAAAGGUAAAAUGAUGAUUUUAUAUUUAUAGUGAUACAGAAUUACAUUAUACAAGUAAUUAUUUACUUGUAGUUAUUUACAAGUGAAUAUGUAUGCAAUUUCAUAUGCAGUGUAUAGUACAUAUGUGCAUAGUCAUGCAUAUGUACUGUAUGUUGUAACCUGUGGUAUAUAAUGAUUUUAUAUUAAAAUUUUUUAGAAUUUUU